AGUCAACACUAAUCGGGCAUAAUGUCUUUCAUUUGUCUCAUUGAAGGGGGAGGGGAAUGAAAGUAUAGAGGAAGAGAGGGGGAUUUAACAUUCACAAAAAAGGCGACACCAACAGAGAAUGCGCGAUGGAGAAAAACGACAGAGGUGAGGAAGAAGAGGAAGAACAGAGGCAUGAGAGGAGGGAGGCAGGUCGUUUGUAUAGUUUGUGCCCCACUGGGAAGAAGUUCCGGAGCAAGCCUCAAUUGGCCCGUUACCUUGGCAACUCCAUGGAUCUCAGCUCCUUUGAUUUCCGCACAGGCAAGAUGCUCAUGAGCAAACUGAACAAGAACAGACAGAGACCCCGUUAUGACAACAAUAGCCAGACUAAGGGUAAACCCGACCUGAAUACGUCCCUCCCAGUACGACAGACGGCCUCCAUCUUCAAACAGCCUGUCACAAAGGUUACCAACCACCCCAGCAAUAAGGUUAAAACAGACCCACAGAAGGCCAUUGACCAGCCCAGACAGCUAUUUUGGGAGAAGAAGUUGAGUGGCCUCAAUGCCUUUGACAUAGCAGAGGAGUUGGUGAAAACAAUGGAUCUCCCCAAAGGCUUACAAGGAGUGGGCCCUGGCUGCACAGAUAAGACCUUGUUGUCAGCUAUUGCCAGUGCUCUUCACACCAGUGCGGCUCCCAUCACGGGCCAGCUGUCUGCUGCUGUGGAGAAGAACCCUGGAGUGUGGCUCAACACGGCUCAGCCUCUCUGCAAGGCCUUCAUCGUCACAGACGAGGAUAUCAGAAAGCAAGAGGAGCUGGUGUACAGUGUGCGGAAGCGUUUGGAGGAGGCUUUGAUGGCCGACAUGUUGGCUCAUGUGGAGGAAACAUCUAGUGAGGGCGACGCACUCAAACAGGAGGGGAAUUGCAAUGAUGAUAAACAGGAAGUAUAGCAAAGGGCAUUCAAAUGUGUCUGAAUUACCUCCACAUGAGUUUCCCAACACAACCCGAUGCUCGCUGAUCAACACACCACGUUACCAUGAUCUCCCAGCUUCGCUGAAUAUCCAUGUGCGCCCACCAGUUGGGAUCUCACAGAGACUGUUGGCUCGAUUUUCAGGCAUUUUUUCUGUUUUAUUAUUUUUUUAUAUUUCGAACAUUUUCUAAAAGAACAAAAUGUUAGAAAAGUUUAGCAGUUGAACUGCCUUCUGUAUGAAAUGUUUUGAGGUUUGUUUGUUUUUUUGAGAGGGGGUAUUUGGAUUUGAUAGGGAGAUGACAAUCAAGUCAAAAAUAGUGGGUGCUAAACUUUGUCACAGCCGACCUAAACUGAUCAGUUGAUUAUUCUCUGUGACUAAAAAACAAGAGUAAGGUACAUUUGUGGAAAAAAAAUAUUUUCACCUAUUUUACUCUCUUUUCUAAUCAAAUUAAGGUGCAAAUCAGUAUUAUGCUGUUUAAAUUCAGUAUUUUUUAUGUGUUAUUCCCAAUGCCAAUGUUUUAUUGGGGUUAUAAGGCAUUGAUAAACAUAUUAACAGUUACAAAGUGUGCAGGUAUGGCUUUGUUUUACGUCAAUUGGUUUGUUUUCAACUGAUCUGGUGCUUGUUAAAAC